UAAUGGGACAAAAAAGCAUGCACAUAAGGUGAGUGUUAAGGAAGAGAGAGAGAGAGAGAAGGCAUGAAUGGGGAACUUAAAUACUAUUUUCCUUGUUGGCUCCUCUUUCUCUGUGCAGUCUUCAAAUUUAUCUACAGGUAACUGUAGACCUGUGCUUGUUUCCUUGGAUAUGAGAUGUGAGAUGGCGCAGAAUCUUCAUCAUUCACUACUCUUUCUUUCUUUCUUUCCAUGUUGACUUCCAAAGAGAAGCCCUCCUUUUAAGUCACCGCCAACGAGCCAUCCAUCGAACCUAGACUAGACUUCCAUGGAAGCACUUGGGUUCGCCGUUGAUGCCACUCUCUCUCGGACUUCUUCCGCCCACUCUGAUACCCGUGUCGCCAAGGACGAACCUGUCAUGGCGCUGGAGGAAGAGGAGCAGCGGCAGGAAGGGAUCGGAGAGCAACCCGAGUUCAAUGGGAAGCUGUUGGACCUUAGCCUGUCCAACUCGGACACACUGAAGACCACGUCGCCGGGGACGCCAGUGCUUGUGCUCAAUCUCAUCGAGUCCUUGGGUUCCGUGGAGUCGCCGGAGUCGGAGCCCCGCGUGUUCUCGUGCAACUACUGCCGUCGGAAGUUCUACAGUUCGCAGGCGUUGGGCGGACAUCAGAACGCGCACAAGCGCGAGCGGUCCCUGGCGAAGAACGGCGGCCGCGGGGGUGCCCGGCUCGGCGACCAAUUCAGCCACAGGCUUCCGCCGAGCAUGGCGGCGCUGCCACUGCACGCGUUGUACGGCGGGCGGCCUCUGGGCGUUCAGGUGCACUCGAUGAUACACAAGCCUUACUACGGCACUUCCUCUGGCAUCGUGUUACACGAACAGCACCGGCCGACGAUGAUCUUCGACCAUCAACACGGCGUCGGCACAAGGACGUCGGUUCUCGUGGAGCGGUUCGACGAGCCUGGGGUAAUGACCGGGGACAUCCGAUGGGUUGAUGCCGGAGACAGUGGUGUAGGGAGCAGGAAGGAGGUGCAGAUGCUUGACUUGACCUUAAGGCUGUAGAGAGGUGGUGUUAAGAGCUCAGCGGUUGCUUCUUCUUCCUUUCACUUCAUCCCCCUGUUCUGGUUCUCUCUCUUGUUGAAAGCAAUGGUUAAUAUAGAUUGCUUGUUCAGAAUGAGGAGCUUCACCGAUUUGCCGAAUCGUAAACUCCUUUCUGUUUAGGCCAUGGAAGAAGAGAGAAGGAAACACAGUAUACAUCCGAUAACAAAGUGGCAAAAAUGUAUGGUCUUUGAUCAUCCUUGCUGAUUAAGAUGACACAUAAUUAUCUUGGAUAAUGCAUGCAUGUGGUAUUAUCCAAUGAAAGAAAUCUCAAAUAUCACAAUUUUCAGUUUAAAUAAACACUUUCUAACAUAUAAUCAAUUUUUUGAUAUAUAUAUAUAUAUAUAUAUAUAUAUAUAUAUAUAUAUAUAUAUAUAUAUGCACCACUAAAGCCUUGUAGUGAACUUUAUUCUGCAGUGAUAAUUACAAAGGUAUUUUUGCUGUCAACUCUAUAUAAAAAGUCACCAUUAUCUCAAAAACAGUGCUUUAGACAGCACAAAAAUGUGGCAAUAACCAUGGACAUGGACGUAAAAAAAAAAAACUUAAUUUAAUUUCAAUCUUCCAUGCAUUAAGGUAAGUUGAAUUUACAGGCCACAAGAAAUAAAGAGAGAGAGAGAGAGAGAGAGAGAGAGAGGUGUACAGCAUAGUUUUGUUUAACUUCAUCCAGAAGCAGUUAUUUAAGAUUAUAGGAAUAUUUUGCAUUGAUUUCAAAGACAUAAAGAGCCAUUACAACUAGA